AUGUCCGGUUCAGUGCCCGGCUACGGCUCCAUUGAAGAUGCUGGGGAAGCCAGAGAACGAGGAUCGAGGAGGAAGAAACUGGCAGGGUAUCUGAAGGCUGCGAACGAUAUCAGGCAGUCGUACCAGCAGUCAUAUGCGGAAAAAUGGGGCUCCGGCAACGGGGACUUUGAUGACAACACCAAUACUAUACCAGGGUCAUUUCCAGAUGUUGCAAUAGUUUCGCAUGGUGACGAACAGCUCAUACUGUUCCCUUCCUAUGCGAAGAAGCAUGUCAAGCAGGAGCCGCCGGAUCCUGCUAAGAACCCCACCAGCAAUGGGAGCGACAUGAGCGACGAUGGCCCAGGAGAUGCCGAGUACUGGGCUAGAGAGUGGCAGAAAUUUGAAGAUGACCGGGCUAUUGUUGAUGUCGAUGUUCGAGGCUGGAUUUACUCUCCCCAUCGAGGGCCAAUGUCUAGGAAGAAUAGGGUAUUAAUCGGACUAGCUCGACAAUUGAGCGGAAUACCGGCGCCAAAGGACCCUAACAGAGAUAACAAUCCAAACUCUCCACAGUCGCUUAUGGCAAGGCACCAGGAACACGAGGCUCGCCGAGAUGAGGAGAGGAUUGCCCACGAAGCGGAUCAGAUUCUCAGGAGAGGUCGAGGCGAGGGUAAUGUUGCCGCUCAGGGACGCUACAGUGAGAAUCCGGAGGAUGGCUCGGAGUUUGAAAAGACGUAUGGUGGGAGAGUCAGUUCUGGACCUCACUCUGGCAGCCAUUCUCCGACGCCCUCUGCUGAAGCCCUGGGACCUGAACAUCUCUCAAAGCGACCAACGUGGAAUCAACCGUCUGAUAUGUCGCAGGCCGAGUUGACGACCGCUAAUGCGCAUAUGAUGGCGCGUUUGAAACCUUUCUUGACGAAUCCCUUGGUUGGUACACCAAUUACUGUGUUUUUCUAUGACGAAAAAAGUUCUGUCUCAAGGACCGUCUCAACAAAUGAUGCUGGUCAUUUCAUCAUGCGGGCUGCUUUGGAUUUUGUGCCAACUCAUGUGCGAGUGCUGGCCUCACAACAUCUAUCAGCAACCGAAGAAGUCAAGAUCACACAGCCAAAAGGAGUCAGUCUAAUUAGUGAUGUUGACGAUACUAUUAAGCACUCUUCGAUAGGCGGAGGACCCCGUGAGAUCUUUCGAAACGCCUUUAUUAGAGACCUUGAAGACUUGACGAUUGAAGGUGUUAAAGAAUGGUACAAUACCCUGUAUGACAUGGGGGUUGGGGUUCACUACGUUUCAAAUUCUCCGUGGCAACUCUUCCCAGUCCUGGUCAGUUUCUUUCAGAAGGCUGGAUUGCCUCCUGGAUCGUAUCAUUUGAAGCAGUACAGUGGAAUGCUACAGGGCAUCUUUGAGCCUGUUGCCGAGAGAAAAAAGGGGACGCUUGAGAGAAUCAUGAAAGAUUUCCCGGAGCGAAAGUUCAUCCUAAUUGGGGACAGCGGCGAAGCAGACCUGGAAGUUUAUACUGAUGUGGCUUUGUCUCACCCAGGCAAAAUUAUUGGGAUCUUCAUUCGGGAUGUCACUACUCCGGAGUCUCAAGGUUUCUUCGACUCGGCUAUGGGGCCCCUGAGCGGUGACCGACGCAAAUAUGCUUCUUCCCGAAUCGAGUCUUGGGAUAGUCGCAAAACACAAUCAACAGUGUCCCUUGAUUCUUCAGAACGGCGGCCUGCUCUCCCUCCAAGGAGUGUCUCCGAGGUGAAAUCCCAUACUAGUGCUGGGCCGGCCAUGGGGAAGCUGAUUGAUUUUGACGAGGAGCCUGUGCAAGUUCAUAAAUCUCAUCGUCGGAUAACGCCAAGGUCUGCCUCAACUUUCGAAACUUCGGAGUCAUCUCGUAGCAGGUCGUCUCCCGAAAGUCCUGCUGCUCGAGUACCUCCCCCACGACCUCAGAAACCCGUGGCAUUGCGAGGUGUGUCUACUUCAGGCUCAUUAUCUGAGCCUGCUCUAUCCGGUACUGGCAAAGCCUCUCCGCCUCCUCCACCGAAACCACGCCGUCCGAAUGGGAAUAGGGAAGGUACCCAAUCACACCCACUGGCCCGAGCCCAAAGCAUAGCCGAUGUGAAAUUGCCUGAGGAGGAGUCAUAUGUUACCAGUGCACGUCAGAAAGUGUCUGCGGCGUACAACGCUCUCCCUGAAGUCAGGUCUUACAUGCCAGGGUACUACCACGCCCCCAGUUCUGAUGCCUCGUCUGUGACAUCCGCGGAAAGACCUCCUGCGCUACCCCCUGGCAGAGCUACUGGCUCAACGACUGCCCCAGGUUCUGCAAGCGUCCAGAAACGUAUGUCUUGGAACAGCACCGACACAUCGGAUGAUGAACGGCCAAAUACCGGCCUGCCUGUUAGUAAGAAAAUGGAUCUCUGGAAACGGCGGUGGAAGAGGGCGAAGGAUAUUCUUGAUUCUCAGGGCGUGUAUUUGAGGGCUUGGAGAGUGGGAGGUGACGUAUGUUUGGAGGCUGUGCAGAUGGUGGAGAAAGCCAUGAGGGAUAUGAAGGUCGAGGGAUAUGGGAAUGGUGGGAAGGGGAAGGGAAAGACUGGAGAGGGUGGUGGAGAGAUGAAGACGAAGGAUAUGAGGCGGUGA